GGUGCAGAUUCAGUUACAAACCCUGGGGCCCAUCCACUAUUUCUGACGGUUUGAAACCUCUUCUGGCACUGUUAUAUAACCAUACUUGCAGCCGAAAUAUAUCUCUAAUUUUCUGUAGAAUUAGCUUCAGAUGGCUCAUGAUAUGAUUAUGGUAUAUAAUAGUACAUGGUAUGGAACUAUAGCCUGUACUAUGGUAUAUACCAGUGUGGCUUGGUGAGUUUGAACCGAACACGUUUAGCACCAAUCCAAUAAUGCCAAAUAGGUAAACGCGUCACGUCGGGCGCAAAGCUGAUCAACGCCCGCCGUGGUCUGGUGCUAGCGAGAGGAAGGGAAGACGGAAGAACGCACCACGCCCCGUGGGAGACACCUCUAAAAAAAAAACCUCACCUGGCCAGUCUGACGCGUGCGCAUGGAGGAAGGAGAGAAAACAAAGGCAAGGCGAAAAUAGGACGAACUUUUUUCAGCAAGACCGACAAAAAGGGAAGAAGAGCGUAAAAAAGAGAAGCGAAACAAAACAGACGGCCACUGUAAGCCUUUCUGAUAAAAAAGAGGAAAGGAAACAACUGGUUAUUAAACUAUGGAGAACAGCAGGCGCCAUCUGGGUUUGGAGGAUCGGGAGCAAGAGGAACAUAAGAAACCGGAAAAAGGCGGAAUGAUCGCCGGAAUGUUCCGGAGGUCCCCAAAGCCGGCCGAUCGCUCUCUGGCUGAACAGGACAGUCUGUCUGCACGCAAGGGACUCUCAGCCGGCAAUGACAAACUCUCAGCCAGCAACGACGAUCUGUUAGACAUCGGCGCAAAGGAAAAAGGAGGAAUGAUCGCCGGAAUGUUCCGGAGGUCCCCUAAACCGGCCGAUCGCCCUCUGGCUGAACAGGACAGUCUGUCUGCACGCAAGGGACUCUCAGCCAGCAAUGACAAACUCUCAGCCAGCAACGACGAUCUGUUAGACAUCGGCACAAAGGAGAAAGGGGGAAUGUUCAGUGGAAUGUUCAAAUCCAAAACCUCCAAACAUUCUAAAGAUCCCACAGCUGCACAGGACAAUCUAUCUACACACAGUGAGCUCACAGCCAGCAACGACAGUCUGUCUGAGAACAACAACACAAAGGAGAAAGGAGGAAUGUUCAGUGGAAUGUUCAAAUCCAAAACCUCCAAACAUUCUAAAGAUCCUGCACAGGACAAUAUAUCUUCACACAGCGGACUCUCAGCCAGCAACGACAGUCUGUCUGACAACAACGACACAAAGGAAAAAGGAGGAAUGUUCAGUGGAAUGUUCAAAUCCAAAUCUCCAAAACAUUCUAAAGAUGCACAGGAUAAUGUUUCGAUGCACCCUGAACUCUCAGCUAGCUACGACAGUCUCUCUGACAUCGGCAACACUAAGGAAAAAGGAGAAGGAAGUAGAAGAGUCCCCCCUAAGCCUGCUCCGCGCCCCAGACCUGUACAGGAUAGUAUGUCUUUACACAGUGAUCUGUCACUCAGCUGUGAGGAUCUGACUGAGAGCUCUAAGCCUGGGAUCAUGGGGAAGAUCCGGAGGAACCCGUUCCGUUCCGUUGCCCAGGACAGGGACAAGGACAGGGAUAAAUCUGAGCCUGAGCUAGACUCUCCCGAAAGUUCUCCACCCACAGCUCGCCGGUCCAAAACCAAACAGAACGGAGUGAUGAACGGCAUUUUGAAGAAUCCCUUCCGUUCAGGGCAUCAGGAGAAGGAGCAGGACUCUGAUUCUGAAGAGAAGGCCACCGGCACGGAACAUCAACCAAAACACAAGCCUAAUGCUGUGGUUGGAGCCAUUUCCAAACUCAACCCAUUCCGCUCUGCUUCCAAAGAGAGUGAUCAGAAACCUAUGGACCCCCCCCCUGCCUAUGAGAAUAUGCUCUGUACAAACCAGGAGAGUGAGCCAAAAGCUGACUUAUAUCCCCCUACCUAUGAGGAUGUGGUCGUCAUGAACCAGACGAGUGAUUACGAUCUUCAGGAACCACCCCCCAUCUAUGAGGAUGUGAUCCCCAUGGACCAGGGAGCCUCAGAGAGAGCGGUGGAAGCCCCCAGAGCCAGAGUGCCAAAGAAAGGGAAAAAAGCCAGGAAUCCCUUUCUACCAGCCAAAGGAACCAAGGUAGUGUGUGUGUGGCGUGCCAGAAUACGGAGGGAGCCCAGGGCUGGAGACUCCUCUGUGGACCCAAAACCUGCAGAGGGCGGUGAGAAGGGGAAGCCCUGGAGUUCCAGGCCGGACGACCAUGGUGGAGUACAACCAGAGAUGACCAGAGAGGAAGAGGAGGAGGAGGAGGAGGAGGACGGUGAUGGCCUGAUGGAGUGGUGGAACACCGUGGAACAGUGGGAUGACACACCGGAGGAUGAGGAUUUGACUGAGAAAGAAGAGGCCAAGGCCUUCGCGGUGACGGCGGAUAAGGUGCAGAAGGCGAUCCGCGUCUUCAACAAGCUCUUCACCGAGCGAGCGGAGGGCCUGUGGCAGCACGUCAUCGACCUGCGCACCAUCGCCGACGGCAUCGACACCUUCAACAAGAAGACCAAGAUCGCCGCCAUCACCGGCGGCUCCACCAGCGCCUUGGGCGGCGUGGCGACCAUCACCGGCCUGGCCCUGGCCCCCGUCACCAUGGGAACCUCGCUGAUCGUCACGGCGGUGGGCCUGGCCGUGGCCACGGCCGGCGGGCUGACCUCGGCCUCCGCCAGCAUCUCCAACACCGUCAACAACUCCCUGGACCGCAAGAAGGUGGAGAAGAUCGUGGAGGACUACCAGGCCAAGAUGGCUGACAUCAGCAAGUGCAUGAAGUUCAUCAAGCAGGGGAUCGAGAACCUGCGCAAGUACGACGUGGUGAAGAUGAAGAACCACGCCUACAACCAGGACUUCCCCGUGCUCACCAACAUCUACGAGGACGGCGCCAUGGCCAGCAAGGCGCUCCUCAUCAACACCGGCGAGAUCAUGCGCGUGGUGCAGAUCGCCAACGUGGCGGGGAGCACGGCCGCCCGGGCCGUGCAGAUCGCCAGCCUGGCCACCGGCGUCCUCACCGGCCUCUUCGUGGGCAUGGACAUCUACUUCGUGGCCAAAGACUCCCGCGAGCUCAAGAAGGGGGCCAAGACCGAGUUCGCCGCCAAGAUCCGGGAGGUGGCGGAGCAGCUGCACGAGGGGCUGGUGGAGCUCAACACCAUCAGGGAAGAGCUGCAGGAGGCCAGCAGAAACAGCAUAAUCUGAACUCCCGUUUCCCGCAACCCCCCCCCCUUCUGCUGAAUCUUAACUCAGUUUCCCCGCAACCCUCUUCCGCAGGGAUCUGAACUCAAGUUUCCCACAAACCUCUUCUGCCGGAAUCUGAACUCCGUUUCCCACAAACCUCUUCUGCCGGAAUCUGAACUCCGUUUCCCACAAACCUCUUCUGCAAUUCAAUUAUGCUUUCUCGUAGUCUCACAUCCUCCUUAACUCUCUUUCUCACAGUUAAUCCUCUGCCCUCGUGUAAACUUUUUAUGAUAUAUUUUUUUUUACUACAAUACUCUGCUGCUAUCUGAAUCUCUGCCAUUGCCCCUAUAGUACUGCCAUUGCCCCUAUAGUACUGCCAUUGCCCUUGGCACUGGCCUCAGUACUGGAGUUUGGUCCCCAGGUGCAACACUGUGGCUGCUCACUGCCCCUAAGUAACUAGAACGGGUUAAAUGCAGAGGACAAAUUACCCCACGGGGUUCAAUACAGUAUAUCUCAUCUUAUCUACCAUUUCCAGUAAUCCUUUUCUAACCAUCCUGUGAAUACAUCACCCUUUGCUGCUUUGUUUUUAAUGGGGGUGCAAAGUACCAUAGAAUGUCUGAAAGGGGGCUGAUGGGAAGUGGUGUCCAGAGGUUGUAAAACUCUGGACCUCACCUCCCACAAUGCUUUGUGUUUAAGGUUUUGUGAUAAUCUGAAUGCUGGAUGCAGUUUUGGGUUGGGUGAGGGUGUUUCCUCUCUCUGAACUAUGCAGUUUUGAACUAUGUAUUUGAGCAACACUAAUGAAUUUAAAGCAUAAUAUCGCCUGUUCCUGUAGUAAGGAGCGACAUGUAUGAAUGUAGUAAUUUUAUGGCUAUUUCUUUACAAUGUUUUCCUUUACUAUGUAAAUUGACUUGGGUCUUACCUAGUUUCACUGAUAUUCGGGAAGGGGAUUGAUUAUUUUUCAUUUUGCUGUUGUGAAUUUUCAUCACAUUUUCAGGACAUGCAACUUAAAAAUCCUGUAAACUUUCAUUUUGUUUGAAUACAUUUUGCACAUGUUUUAUAGUUCAUAUUUUUUAAAACUGGUUGAUGAUUGCAUCAAGUUUUUUUUUUUUCUUUGUUUUUUCCUUUUUUUUUUUUCUUCCUUGUUGAGAGAACUGGAAUUCAGUUGGUUCAGAAGAGAUGGUUCACAAACCCUUCAAAAUGUAACCUUUUUUUUAUUUACUUAAAAUUCUGCAGGGUUUCAGUAAUUGUAAAAAUAUUUUGCUGACAUUUUAGCACAGUUUGGCUUCUGUGAAUCCUGUGGACGAUGAUCUGUUUCUCUCAGGGUUUCAGAGUUCCCCCUGCUGGCAUUUACAUCCCACGUGUCGGCCGAACACGGGCUAGCAUCAACAGUUCCGAACAAAUACACUACAUUCCUGAACUUUGUGUUUGAUCAAACUCAAAAGUAGGCUAUGCAGUAAUGCUGUAGGUACCUGGAGACUACGGCUAUUAGCUCUAUUCAGUGUGGCCACUUUGGGCAAGUCCUCAUUUUUGCACACUGGUUUAAAUCUUGUAUUUAUUUUUUAACUCUGUUUUAACAUUAAAUUAUAUCUUCUGUAUAGAUGAGACUUCUGUAGUCGGUUUUAAAUAUCAAGUUAUUAAAGAUUAAAGUAUGCAUAGUGUUUAAAUGACUGCAAUAAAGUGUUCAUAUUCUUUACAAAA